CUGUGUGGCACGACCUACCUGAUAAAUGCACCAAGACACACUCUAGUUAGGAGAACCAAAGAGUAAGUCUACACGACGGCCUCCCUGAAACACAGAGCCGCCGGGUUGCAUCGUCUGCUGGCCGUCGCGGCGAAGGAGCCUCGUCAGUCGAGCGCAGAAGGCGUGGUGCCAAGCAGUAAGAAUGAGUACAAGUGAAUGUGUCCUCGGGAUUGAUAUUGGGACAACGUCUGUUAAGUGCUGUUUGGUGGAUGUCAGCUCAAGAGAAGUCAUCUCAAGUCAGAAGAAGGACACGUACUCCGAUGUCCCCAGUGAACUUGGUACAGAAGGUAGCAAACAAGAUGUUCCACGUAUAUUGUCAGCCCUGCAGAUGUGUGUUUCCAGGCUACCUAGAGAAGCUACACGCAAGGUGACACGUAUAGGUGUAUGCGGCCAGAUGCAUGGCUGUAUGCUUUGGAAACAUGGACAGGCUUGGGAACAAAAGCCAGAUUCAGAUAGGUUUGAAAUUCGUGAAGUAAGCAACUCGUAUACAUGGCAAGACAAUAGAUGCACGCAGGAAUUUCUCUCAUCUUUACCAGUUCCAGAAUCACAUCUUUCCAUUGCAUCUGGAUAUGGAUGUGCAACAUUACUGUGGUUUUCCAAGAAUAAACCAGAAAAGUUAACAAGAUUCAACAGAGCUGGAACUAUCCAUGACUUCCUUGUCUGUAUGUUGUGUGGGCUAGACCGGCCUGUUAUGUCAGUGCAGAAUGCUGCAUCAUGGGGUUUCUUCAACACCAUCACCAAGAAAUGGAAUGAGGAGCUCCUGCAGGAAGCAGGUCUGACCAGUGAUCUACUUCCCACUGUUGUAGACUCAGGACAAGAGGCUGGGCAGCUUGAGAACUCAUGGUAUGGAAUCCCUGCCAAGACACCAGUCAUUGCUUCACUAGGUGAUCUUCAGUGUUCAGUUCUGCCACUGUUGUCUGGAAAUGAUGUAGCUGUAAUAAAUAUAUCGACAUCAGCCCAGCUCUGCUUCAGGAUGUCAGAGGACUUUGUGCCACCAGAACAACCUCCUAGCAGCCCACAGCCAAUUGAGUAUUUCCCUUUCUUCGACAACACAUACUUGGCAGUAGCAGCAUCUUUAAAUGGUGGCAAUGUCCUGGCAGCAUUUGUGAGAACUGUACAGCAGUGGAGUCUUGAGUUAGGUUUCCAAGUUCCACAAUCAAAGAUUUGGCAGAGAAUUCUAGCCCUUGGUGCAGAGCCUCAGAGUCAGUCUUCAUUAGUAGUUGAACCUACAAUAUUUGGGGAACGUCAUUCACCACAAGAGAAUGCUAUGGUGUCAAAUAUAGAUUUAGGAAACAUAUCACUAGGGAAAGUGACAAGAGGACUAUGCAAAGGAGUCAUCACAAAUAUACACAGCAUGAGCCACGAUCCUACUCGAGAAACGAAUCACAAAACAUAUGAACAGCCUACAAGAAACCUAUACGCACAAAAACUGGGAAAGCAUAUACUGCCAGUGUCUCUGGACUCCCGAGGUGAUGCUGCGUAUGGGUCUGCUUUGGCAGCCAUUAAUUCCAAAGCACCCUGAAGAUAGUUAUUUAGAAUUGCUAAGAGUUAAGAUUUGAAAUCUUACUUGCAAGUAUAUUGCCUACUGCACAAUAUUUCUGAAGUGAGAAAUAUGAAUUGUUAUAGAGAGACAUGAAUAUUGAAAUCUGUUAUAAUUUCUUAAAUUGUUAUUAUCUUGUUUCACAGAUUUUAUGCCUUGUAAAGUACAUACUGUUCUUCAUUUUUGUUACAAAACUUUUGUGUGCGUGCGUGCGUGCGUGCGUGCGUGGGUGUGUGUGUGUGUGUGUGUGUGUGUGUGUGUUUAUGCAUGUGCAUGUGAAUAUAUGCAUGUACAUUCAUUUAUGCCCAUAUAUUAUAUAAAAGUGAAUAAAGGUAAUGAAAAAUACAUUAGCAAUAAGCCAGAGGCCCUUCGAUUUUCAGUCACUGUUAGAGUUUACAAGUAUCUUUACAUGUGUUAUUAGAGGAUUUUAAGUUUUUGUUUCAUCAUAUGAAAUGCCAGAAAAGGUUUCUGCAGCAUUUGAUGUAUUAAAGUAUCAUACAGCACUGAUGCAGAAGGGUGGGUACCUAAUAAUAUGAUGAUCUUGCAUAUAUACCUCUGAUAGGAAUGUCAGCUGAUCUGUAGCAUGUUAUUCUCUGAUAAUGAAUGGGAUUGGAAAUUCUCUUUUUUACUGCACAUGAAUGCUUUGAUGUAUUUGAUGAUGUGUUUAUCAGUCUCUCAUUCAGCAGGAUAGAACUUCAGUAAACCAUCUUCAGUGCAUAUCAAACAUUGCUAUGUUAUUUUAUAUUCAUGAUGUUUUCAGAGUAGCAUACAGUGACCCAAAGGCCACUUAGAGAGAUGUUUUAUUGUCAUGUAUUUGUAGAUUUCUUUUCCCCAAUAUCCAUUAGAAUAUAAUUCUUCAUGGCUAUUACUCUCCAUCCACUAAUAUCCAGUUAGUACUCCAGUUAGACUUUAUGUAAUAUAUCUUUGAUGAGCUUCAUUAAUUUAUUAAAUCACAACUUUGUCCUUAUUUAGCAUUGAAUAGAACUUUAGUUCACUGUAGACUAUAAGAAAAGUAUAUUUUGCUGUAGAAACAAACUGCAAUACAGCACAUCUUAGAGUGCAGUCUUAGUGAAAGAUGCACAAUUUCCAAUGAUAGUGAUGUGCUCAUGUAUAGAUUCUUCUUUACUUUUGUCUUCAUCUUUGUCUUCCUUUCCUUAGCUACUAGUCAGUGCUGUAGAUAUAAUAUUAUUCAUAGUAAAGACAUAAAUGUUGACUAGUUGAUGCUAAGAGUGCUUAUAUAUAAUCUCCAGUGAUUUUGUUUUAUUUAUCUAAUUUUAAAUGCAUAGAUGGCUCCACAAAUGUUUUGUCAUUAUGUCAUAAUAAUAUUAGUAAUAGUUACAUUAAUAACAGGCAGAAUAUUUAUAGAAGAAAAACCUUUUCCCCAGAAAAUUCAAGGAAUGGGAUAUACAUAUGAGGUCAAAUAGGCCCUGCCAUUGACUUUUUGGCGACUAAGUGCUUGUGGAGCCAUCUGUGUAUAAUAAAAAGGAUAAAAGAGCUAUAGUGGAGAGUACUUGUAUAUAAGCAUACCUGGCAUUUGCAGGUGAAGCAAGUAGGAUACCUGGAGAAGUGAACAUUAUUUCAGUAAAGUAUUAUGUUACAGAAAAAAAUGCUCAAUUAAGUUGCUUUAUACGUUCUUUAGUUCAUUGUAUUUUAUUAAUUAGCUGUAGCAUCAUAUUAUUUCUAUGGUACUAAACUUGCAAUAUCUCCAGAUUGCUGUAUAGGGCUGCAUAGGAACUAGAGUCCCAAAUAUUGAAUAAAUGACUUGCAUGCAAAGCUUUGGAAAAUAUAUACUGGGGACUUAGUGUAUCGUCAAUAAAUAUAAUCAAGCA